CCCCGCGGCGGGCAAAGGCGGCGCGCCCGAGGGAGAAGAGGCGAGCUGGGGGCGAGCCGCGGAGAAGGCGCCCGGCAGAGGGGACAUGCGGCUGGGCAGCCAAGCGCCCGCCCCCUGCCAGCCGCCGGCGGCGGAGGAGGAGCUGCUGCGGGAGAUCGAGGAGCUGCGCUCGGAAAAUGACUAUCUCAAGGAUGAAUUGGAUGAACUUCGAGCUGAAAUGGAGGAGAUGCGUGACAGUUAUUUAGAGGAAGAUGUUUAUCAGCUGCAGGAACUCCGGAAAGAGCUGGACCGUGCAAACAAGAACUGUCGCAUCCUGCAGUAUCGUCUCAGGAAAGCAGAACAGAAAAGUUUGAAAGUUGCGCAGACAGGCCAAGUGGAUGGAGAGCUCAUUAGAAGUUUGGAGCAAGAUUUAAAGGUAGCCAAAGAUGUAUCUGUCAGACUGCACCAUGAACUAGAGAGUGUGGAGGAGAAACGUGUGAAAGCAGAAGAUGAGAACGAAAUCCUUCGGCAGCAGAUCAUUGAGGUGGAAAUAUCCAAACAGGCACUACAAAAUGAGCUGGACAGGUUGAAAGAGAGCUCAUUGAAGAGAAGAGGCAGCCGAGAAAUGCACAAAGAAAAGAAGACAUUCACACAGGAGGACAGCGCUGACUUGAAGUGCCAGCUUCAAUUUGCCAAAGAAGAAGCAGUGCUGAUGCGUAAGAAAAUGGCUAAGCUGGGGAGGGAGAAAGAUGAACUGGAACAGGAGCUCCAGAAGUACAAAUCCAUCUAUGGAGAUGUGGACAGUCCCCUCCCUACUGGGGAGGCAGGAGGGCCACCCAGCACCAGAGAGGCUGAGCUGAAACUUCGUCUGAAACUGGUGGAAGAGGAAGCUAACAUACUGGGCCGGAAGAUAGUUGAACUGGAGGUGGAGAACAGAGGUAUUAAAGCUGAGAUGGAGGACAUGAGAUGCCAAUAUGAGAGAGAAUGUCUUAGCAGGGACCAUAUUUCAAGUAUUCCUACCUCGCCAUACGGUGACUCCAUGGAGUCAGCAAUAGAGCUGCGCCGUCACUUGCAGUUUGUUGAAGAAGAGGCGGAGCUGUUGAGGAGAUCGAUCUCUGAGAUUGAGGAUCACAACAAACAACUAACCAAUGAACUGAACAAAUUCAAGUUCGAGCCCAGUCAGGAGUCCAGUUGGCUGGAUGAUGGUGCCUCUAAAUGCAGUGGAUCCCUACAAGAGGAGCUGAAAUCAGCGAGGAUGCAAAUCAAUGAACUGAGUGGAAAAGUGAUGAAACUCCAGUAUGAGAAUCGUGUGUUGAUGUCCAAUGUGCAGCGCUAUGAUCUUGUCUCUCAUCUAGGGCUGCGCACUUCAAGUCCCAGGGACAGUGAUGCUGAGAGUGAUGCAGGAAAGAAAGAGAGUGACAGUGAAGAGGGUCGCCCAACACAGCCAAAGAGAGAAGGCCCCAUUGGGGGCGAGAGUGACUCGGAAGAAGUUUAUGAAAAGACGUCAGGUUUUGGGAGCGGUAAGCCAUCAGAAGCUAGCGACCUCUGUUCUACUGAGUUAAUGAGAGUGAAAGAGGACACCGAGUCUUUAAUUAACAUCAAACGAGAGGCUGAACGGCUUGAAAGGACUGUGCUCCGUCUCAUCACUGACACUGAUAGUUUAAUUUAUGAUGCCAAGGUGCACAUCACCAGCAGUCCUUCCUCUGAGCAGGGUUUCAAAAGUGAUGGAGAGAGAGGUGAGGAAAAAAAUGAACCAGAACUUCUGGACACUAUCAAUUCAAGGAUGAAAGCUUUCCGUAAAGAACUACAGACCUUCCUGGAGAAGGUUGAUCACAUCGGGGAAAGCCUCAAAGAACAAAUAGAAGACCUCUCCCCUUUGCCCCACCUGACAGAGUCUUCCAGUUUUCUGUCCACAAUGACAUCCAUGUCUCGAGACUCACCCAUUGGUAACCUAGGAAAAGAGUUAAUUACAGACUUCCAGUCCAAACUGAGGGAUCAGAUGGAGUGGCAGCUCAGCCAAGAUCGUGGAGAGGAGCAAGAGAUUCACCACCACCGAGCCACCACCGAGCCACACCGCAGAGCUGAUGGAGACAUUAAACUCUACAGGCCAGGCGACAAGGGCUGUUUCAGUCUAGAGGCUCAACUUGAGCAGGAGACGAGACUUCACCAAGAGGAGCAAGAAAAGUUUACAGAGAGGAUCAUUCAGCUGGAGGAGGAGCAUCUGCAGACCUUGCGGAGGAAAGAUUUGGAGGUGCAGAGCUUGACUUUGCAGAAUAAAUUGGAGGAGAAGACCUGGAGUCAGGAGAAAAGUUUGAUGCAGCAAGAACUCAGGCAUUUCAAGCAGAAUACCUUCCUGCUGUAUGUGAAACUGAAGUGGCUGCUGAAACACUGGCAGCAAGGCAAGCAAAUAGAAGAGGAAGGGGAGGACAUACUGGAGAUUGAGCACCUCGAUGCCCUACCAGAAUUUGGCAUUCAGUCUGAACGAAAGGGAGAUGACCCAGAACGAGAUGAGGAGGAGGAUGACGUUGUGUUUGCACUGACGGAUUAUUCCCAACAUUCCACAGCGGAGAGCACUGACCAUGGACCACAGCUGCAGACUGCAGAACUAUUGCAGCAUCAAAAGCAGGCAAGUGAAAACCGGAGGCUCUUAAAUGCUCUGAAAACCUUGUUAGACGACUUCCGUUCUGAGCUCCGGGAUGAUGAACGAGAGCGACAUGGGCUCCAGCAGCAGUAUGCCACAGACAAGGCAGCUUGGGAGGUGGAAUGGACUGAGCUGAAGUGUCGUCUGGAACAGCUGGAAGGGAAGAAUGAAAAAGCCCAGGGGGAAACUGUCUUGGCCACUGAUUCAAAAGGAGCUUUUAAGAGGGAGAGAGAGGAGCACAAGAAAUUGCUGGCUGACAGUCAAAGCUUGGUGAUGGACCUACGAUGGCAACUCCAGCACAGUGAGAAGAAUUGGAACAGGGAAAAGAUGGAGCUUCAGGAUAGAUUGGACAGAGACCGGCGAGAGUGGGAGCGACAAAAGAAGGAAUUGCUGAGGAGGAUAGAACAGCUUCAAAAAGAAGUGAGCACACGAAAAGGAGACAGCAUUCUUUGUGACCAGAAGGAGAGUAACCUUCGUCCAUUUUCAACCCAGGGAAACCUUCAUGUGCCUCAUCCAAUGGGGGCAAGGUCCUAUUCUGAUUCAGAUGCCAUACAGUUUGACGAUCAGUCGCUGUCGAAGCUGAAGGAAAGUGAUAGGUGCACUGCCACAGAAAACCUCUUUCUCGAUUCACUGUCCCUUGAUUCUCCUGAUGAAUCUGAUGAGUCUCGGCCUCAGAGAUUGGAACGGGAGAAGUUCUUGACUUGCUUAACUGAAGAAGAAGAAACGCACAAGGGAAAUCUUCAAAGGGCAGUGUCUGUUUCCUCCAUGUCAGAAUUCCAGCGUUUGAUGGAUAUUUCUCCAUUCCUUCCUGAAAAGACCUUGCCUUCAUCGAGUAGUAAGGAGGAUAUAACACCUCCUCUGUCCCCUGAUGAUCUGAAAUACAUUGAAGAGUUCAACAAAAACUGGGAUUAUAGUAACACCAGGAUCCAUAGUGGGGUUACAGAAAAGCCUGCAGAAGCCUGGGCAGAAAGGACAGAGAUUAGGAAAGUAAGAAGUGAUUCAACUUCAGAUCCAUUCCAAGCAUCGUCAUGGUACCUUACCACCAGUGUUACUAUGACAACCAAUACCAUGACCAGCCCAGAGCCCUGCCAGAAGCAGCCACUGAGGAGUCACGUUGUAACAGAAAAAAUGGGGGUCAAGGUCUUUCACAGUCCGCCAGUUCUCCGUAGGCUCGAUAACUCAGCGAUAGCUGGGAAUGGAGGGAAAAAAACGGUUGAGCCUGACUUUUUGUUUUCUGUGACCAAAGCUAAAGGGAAUGUGGGGGAGACAAAAGGUGCUUCCUCAGAUGUGUUUGGGAGAUGGCCCUGUGAUCUCACCAAACACCAUAAAGAUUUUUUGGAAAGUGGUCUUCAUCCUAUUGAGCAUCCUAUUUGCACUGCUGUGGGUUUUGCCUCGUCCUUGCAGACCCUGGAGCUGUCCAAGAACAUGAGUGACGAUAUGAAGGAAGUAGCUUACUCUGUCAGAAAUGCAAUACGUUCUAACUCUAAUUCGGCAGAGCCUCAGUUUAAGGACAUAGCUUGUCAAACCAAUGGUAUAAGAACUACAGGGACACAGACCACCCAGACAAUCAGUGUUGGCUUGCAGACAGAAACCUUGCGCAGCAUCACCAGCAGUCCACACAAGUGUCUGACACCAAAGGGGGGCUCCACACCAAUCUCAUCACCAUCCAGAAGUUUAAGGAGCAGGCAGGUAGCCCCUGCCAUCGAAAAGGUCCAGGCCAAGUUUGAACGCACGUGCUGUUCUCCCAAAUAUGGAUCUCCAAAAUUACAAAGAAAAAUCCUUCCAAAAACAGAUCAGCCAAAUAACCGGACUUUACCAGGAACGCCUCAGAAAGGAUUCAGUGAGUCUGCUUGGGCUAGAUCAACUACUACAAGGGAGAGCCCAGUUCAUACCACCAUCAAUGAUGGCCUCUCCAGUUUAUUCAAUAUUAUUGACCAUACCCCUGUUGUUCAAGAGACCCUCCAAAAAUGCAGCAGGUCUAGCAGCCGAUCUAGGUCAGCAGAACCCAGAUCAGAACUGGGGCCCAUGCAGGAAAUGUGUACAAGUGUCCGUGGCCGGUCACCCAGUCCUCUCCGUUUGGGCACAGAGAUGGAAAAGGAAGAAGAGUCUGAGGCGACAAGUAUCAAACAGGAUUUAUCUGCUCCUCCAGGGUAUACGCUUACAGAAAAUGCUGCCAGGAUCUUGAAUAAGAAACUUUUGGAGCAUGCCUUAAAGGAAGAGAAAAGGUUAGCUUCACGCAGCCCACCGAGUCUUAGCAAUGACAACAGCACAGGAGAAAUAGUCAAAGUAGAACCAGGGUCCAUUGAGGAACUACCUUGUUCCGCACUAGCUCCGUCCCUAGAAUCCUGCUUCUCCCGGCCAGAGAGACCAGCAAAUCGGCGCCCACCUUCAAGAUGGGCUUCACAUUCCCCUACUGCCUCACAAUCUCAGUCAACUGGAGAUUUGACUUCCUCUGAGGAAUAUGGAAGCAAGGAACUGCAGAUAGAGAACCCAAACCAGUGAUGCAAGCCUGCAUGAAUUAUUAAGGGAAGAAUUCACUGUAAUUUGCAUUUUAGCACCAUCACCAUGGCCCGUCUUUCUCAACAAAGAGAGAUCUAGUUGUUGAGGUCAAAGAAUGUUUUCAAGCUCAACUGCUGAAUGUCCAACCUGUGAAACAGCGAUGUUUCUAGAAUGAAACAGUUAAUGUGCCUGUAAUAACUUAAUUUUUUCAUAGCUCAGAAAACUAUUUUUGUCUCCAUCUUUUCUACAUACAGUCUAUUAACAAAAAAGGUAAAAUGAUAUAAAUAUAAAGAAUAAGAUUUAAAAUAAAAUGUACAUUUUUAAGGGAAACUGAAUGCACUCUCUCUCCCCCAGUACUGACUGCCUUUUUAUUAUAUUUGCACUGUUGUGUUUUUUAUUUUGUUUGGGGGGGGGAUUGGUUUUUUUGAGGGUUUUUUUGUUUUGUUUUCCCCAUGUAAAACUAGGGUAUUUUUAAAGUUAAUUUUAUUCUAUUUUAAUGUCAGUGUCACCAAUUUUAAAAGAGGAAGGUUCUUAGGGAUGCUUCAUAUUGUCAGAAGCAGUAAAUUUUGAGUAGUGAAAGCCAUUAAGGUAGUUGACUAGAAUUGAAUUAAAUAAACUGGAGUGGAAUACAGGUAAACACACCACAUUUAAGAGAGAAAAGAACGCCUCAGAAAGUCUUGUGAAGUUAGCUGUAUAAUACACAUACAAUACUUGACUUGCAUGCCUUUGGGUUCCUAGCACUUUAGUGCAUGUACAUACUGUUGCUCUACUUGUACCAUCACAUAAAUGUGAGUCAAUCCGUUUCACUGUAAUAUUGUUGUGAAAUUACCUGUACUGUACUUUUAUUGUUGGUAUUCUUGAAUUGACAAUACAAAAAAGAAGUUUUUAAAUUAUUGUUAACAGUUCAGCUGGCUAUGUACAGUGUUUACUGAGAACUUUCUUUGUUUUGGAGAAACAUUGAGAACUCUGGGCAUACUAAAUUGUAAUUGGUCUUGUUUGAGUCUGUCUGAGACCAUGUGAAGUGGAAAUAAAACCCUCAGUAUUUACAAACCGCUA